AUGAAGGCACUCGUAGCUUUGAUAUUGCUCAUUCAGCUUCCAACUCACAAAGCUGUACCAGCAGCUCCCCCUGCUCCCUUGCGCUGCGAUGACCCAGAAUCUGAAGCAGCAGCUGAAGUAGCUGUGAGUUAUAUUAAUGGCCACAGUCAUCACGGAUACAAGUUUGCCUUAAACAGAAUCGAGAAUAUCCGCGUGCUACCCCAGGGGCUGAAUAAUGACAUAAUAUUUCUUGAACUUGAUUUAUUAGAGACCACGUGCCACGUUCUCAGCUCUACGCCUCUUGAAAAUUGCACAGUAAGGAGGUUCACAGAACAUGCAGUUGAGGGUGACUGUGAUGUCAAACUGCAGAAGUUGGAUGGAAAGUUAUCUGUGCUUGCUAGUAAAUGCCACUCACAUGCAGACUCAAGUGAAGAUGUUCUCCAGCUCUGCCCCGACUGUCCACUGCUGGCAAGUUUGAAUAACACUGAGGUAACAACAACAGUUACAGCCGCACUCCGUGAGCACAACAGCAAAACUGCUGGUGCCUACCUCAGACUUCUUGAGAUUGGAAGAGCCAAAAUUCAGUAUCACCCAGCGCAUAUUGUGUCUGUUGAGUUUGCUGUGGCUGAAAAAGCUAAACAUAAUGUAGAGGCUUGUCAACUGCUGCCUGACGAUCAGUCUAAUUUUGGCUUCUGCACAGCAGCGAUGGUAACAAGCCCAUCAGAGGACUUCACAGUGGACUGCCAGCUCUACGGACAUCAGCCUGGAGUUACCUACUCUCAACCAGGUCAAGACACAUCAGCAGGACUGUUGCCCAAUGUCGUACAAGGCUUCACAAACCAUAAUCUCAGGCUUUCCCACAAUAACCCUUUUGCAUCUGAAUCCAGCUCUUCAGAAUUUCCUGCUUCAAUGCUCUCAGCAAAAUCUGUAGCAAAGAGAGCCAUUGCAGAGGUUGCUCAGCAUGACAAAGUACCUCGCCCAGUUGGCUUUGUGCCUCCUCCUCCUCCAUGCCCUGGGAAGAUUCGCUAUUUCAAGAUAUAG